GUUUGUAUAUUAAUGUGGUAAUAUUGUGUACUAUAAUAUGUGAUACCAUGUACAUAUAUGUAUCUAUGUUUGGGUGCAAGAAAAUUGUAUGUAUUUUAUGUAUAUACGGUUUCUCUACUUAUAUAUAUGUCGUAGUGUGAUUCCCAGUUAAUGUAGCAUUCUGGUAAUUUGGGAAUUCGGGGAAUUCCCUGCUUCUGCUUCACUCGUUGAUGUUGAGCAAAUGCACGGCAGCAGGGGCAGAGACGCUCUGCUGCUGAGUGAGGUCCGAUGGUAAGAUACCAAGAGUCUUGAGUAAGACAGAGAUGGCUGCAUACGCUCAACUUGAGUGAGUUUAUGUCGUGAGCGCUUAUGCUGAGUCAGUUGAACUUGGGUAUUCGAACCGAUCGGAACUCACUGUGUAACUGCAAGAAUCUAUAACAGUGUCAGCAUGAAUAACAUACCCUUGCCGCCGACCGACAUACCCCUGCCCCCGACAUCAGAAGUGGGAUCUGCUUUGCCUACUGCACAUGCCACCGAUCCGUAUUUGUCAGCGUUGGAGCUACAAAACCGCAACCUACUGGAAAUCAUCAAAAACAUGCAGACAUCAAGGGCACCGCCAGCCGAUGGAAAAGCAUCAUAUGUGACUCUUCCAAAAUUCUAUCCUGACAUCGCUGGAGCGGAUGCUUCCUCUUGGUGUUCAACAGUUGAUCUAAUUUUGGCGGAUAACGUGCUCGAGGGUAGCAACCUGGUGAUCGCCCUAAGCAAGGCACUAGAAGGCUGCGCAUCACAGUGGCUUUCCCAAAUUUGUUUUGCCGGCAUCACUUGGGAGCAGUUCAAGGAGCUGUUUAUACAACGCUUUGUUGGAAUUGAGACUCCUGCCGCCAUGCUAUUAAAUGUUCUGAAUGGUCGACCAAAGCCGGAGGAGGGCUUCGCCGAAUACGGCAGCCGUAUUGUGACGCUACUUAUGUCAAAAUGGAAAACCAAGGAUUUGGAAGAAAUAGCGGUAUCCGUGACUCUGGCUCACAUGGCGCAAAUAGACAACAAGUUGACGCGCUGGGUUUUUACAAACAACGUGAAAACUCGCAAUGAGCUACAACAACAAUUACGCGCACACUCUUUCAAAAAGCGCAGUAUGGACGACGAUUCAACAGGCUCGGAGCGCAAGAAGUUCAAGUUUCCGACACCGAUGAAAUGCAAUUAUUGUGGAAAGGCUGGCCAUAAAUACGCCGAAUGUCGUGCUCGCUUGGAGAAGGGCCAGAGCAAAGGCAAAAUCUACAGCGGCAGCAACAUGACUGGACCGAAGGAUCGCUCAAGUGUUAAGUGCUUUAAGUGUGACGAAAUAGGACAUUUUGCAUCUGCUUGUCCAAAAGGCCGAACGUAUGAGAAGCGGGUAGAUAUCUGCACAGUAGCUCCACCAUCUGGAAUAAUAAGGGCAUCCGGUGAGUCUAUUCCAUUUUGCUUUGAUUCGGGUGCUGAAUGCUCUUUAGUGAAGGAAUGCGCCGUGGAUAAAUUUAAGGGAAAAAGAAUAAAUAACAUUGUAAAACUUAACGGUAUAGGUAAUGAUGCCAUUUGUAGUACUCAGCAAGUAUUAUGUAAUAUAAAUAUUGAACAAUACUGCUUUGAAAUUUUGUUACACGUAAUUAUGGAUAAAUAUCUGAAAUACGACGUGUUGGUUGGUCGUGAAAUCCUUAGCCAGGGCUUUGGAGUAACAAUAGAUGCCGAUAAAUUCCAAAUUUAUAAAACAAAAAGGGUAGAUGUUUUGAAUGUAACUGAUUACAGAGAUAUUAUAAAUGCUGAUAUUGAUUUAGUCGAAUCCGAUAAAAUGGCCUUAACAAAUAUCCUAAAGUGUUACUCUGAUUGGUUUAUCAGCGGUAUUCCAAAAACUCGAGUCUCAACAGGGCAGUUAGAAAUUAAUUUAAUAGAUCCACUAAAGACAGUGCAACGACGUCCUUACAGGCUAAGCGAGGAAGAAAAAAACCAUGUGCGCUGUAAAAUUGAUGAAUUAUUGAAAGCAAAUAUUAUUCGUCCAAGUUGCUCACCUUUCGCCAGCCCUAUGAUGUUGGUAAAGAAGAAAAACGGCACUGAUCGUCUUUGUGUGGACAAUAGGAUAUUAAAUGAGAAUACCGUUGCUGAUAGGUAUCCGUUGCCCCUUAUCGCAGACCAGAUUGCCAGGCUUCGCGGUGCCAAAUAUUUUUCGUGUUUAGAUAUGGCUAGUGGUUUCUAUCAAAUUCCAGUACAUGAAAAUUCAAUAGAGCGAACCGCGUUUGUAACGCCAGAAGGGCAGUACGAGUUUUUGACCAUGCACCUUCUGUGUUCCAGAGGGCCAUAAUAAGAGCAUUAGGAACUCUAGCACACACAUAUGCUAUCGUUUAUAUUGAUGAUGUGUUGGUUAUAGCCGAAACCAAAGA